AGGAACAGAUUUUAGACGAAGCAAUAGGUAGUGCCAUAAACAACAAAAAAGUUAUUUCCAUUUAUAUUAUAAUUUCCAAGCUUACAGAAUUAAUUUUUGAAUUCAGGUACAUUCUGUUUAUUGCUGUAUUGAAAUCAUUUGCGUUUAUUCGCAACCAAAUCGAAAGCAACUCGACCUAUCAGUUAUCACGAUUCGUGAAACAUUCCAGCAAUAUUGCUGGAAAUCUGGAUUGCGCUGUACGGGACUGGAUUUCACUGGAUUCGUCCGAAGUUGGCAGCAUUCGCCAAACGAAACGUCAACAUAACCUAACAAAAAGCCAAAUUGAUCUGACGUCGACCUUCGAGCGAGGAGCGUCACGACUCACGAAAAUGCAUACGUCUGCUAAUUUUAUCCUACGCGGUGGUGACGCAGCGUUUGCCAACAGGCAGCGAUUGUUGUUCGAUCAGCUGUCCGUCGCGGAAAGCAAAUGUAACAAACAUGACAACUCCGAGGCGAACGAGGAGGCGGAGAUGGUGGUCGAACGCGAGAAGAGGCCAGUCGCGAGCGACGACCGGAGGCAGAAGAGGGAGACGAAGAGAUUUCGCGGCAGGGAGAGUAUCUUCAAGCGUCCCGAGGGUCCGGCGCCGCGCGCCAAUUUCAGAAACAUUCCGGACCAUCACAGAAACCCGCACAAGUGGGUCAGGUACAGCCUGGACGACGUGUCCAGCGAGGACAUGACGGAGCGCAGCAACACGCAGGCCGCGAUGUCGUUCCUGAGGGAAUUGAAGGCUCGCAAGAGAAAGGAGGAUAUCGACGAACGCGAGGACGACGAGGAGAUGGACGUCGAGCCCUGCGAAUCAAGCGCGCGUGGUUCUACGGAGACGCGGUUCAAGUCCAAGAAACGUGCGUCGUCGCAGAUCGCGUUCAGAAAGCCGCAGACGAAGAAGAUGACGGACGAUACUGGCGCGACAAUCGCAGAGCCGGACGAGAGACCUGUAUUCAGAAGCAGUAAGAUCAUCCUGCCGGAAUACGUGAUCGGGGAGAGGCCGAAGAGGACCACGCGUAAACAGAAUCGGCCAGUGGUUAAGGUCGACCGCUCGAAGGAACUUAGAUUAGACCAUUUGCAAGAGCCGGAUGAGGAGGAAGACGACUGAGGCCAAAUGUACAGUGUAUAAAAUUAUUCUACACAGAUAAGAGAACGAUCAUGGAUAAUCAUGGAUAUUCCCUUGAUAGAAAAUUCACAGGCAUUCGUAAAUUUUGUAGGCAUGUAUAAAUAUGUGAAGACAGGCGCUUAUUAAUCUCGUAUUUAUACAAUAUUUAGUACAAAUAAGAUUACAUACUAUAUAUUGCAAGUAAGGAACAAAAUUCUCUCAAUAAUGUGAGAUCUGUGUAAUUAUAGUAAUUAAGCAUGUAAUUAUCUUAAAUUUGAAGAUAUCGACGUGUCUAAUUAUUUUAGCCACAUUUUGUGUAAUGUAAAAAAAGGAAAUAGAUGUAUGUUUAGU